UGUGUCAUUCGUUUUUUUCAUAGGUAUUUAUUUACUUGUAUAUAAAUUAUUUAUAAUUUAAACUUUAAAGAAAAAUGGCAACAGAUGCCGUUAAAAAGUAUUUAGAAGAUACAAAUAGGCCAUAUUCUUGCGCGGAUGUCACGGUUAAUUUGAGGGGCGCAUUCACUAAGUCCGCAAUACAAAAGGCGCUUGAUGCUUUGAGUGAGGCGGGAAAAAUUAAAUGCAAAUUAUAUGGAAAGCAGAAAGUUUACGCGGCCAUACAACAUGACAAUGCCGACGGACCUAGUGAAAAUGAAGACUACGACACACCCAUAAAAACAACAACAAUCGAACUGGAAGAGUUGAACACUCAAUUAAAAACAAAAGAGGCUAGUCUCAAGAGUCUACUGGCCGCACCGACGUCUGACAGCGCCAGGGUGCAGGCGGGCGAGAUAAAAACAAACAUUGAGAAGCUGGAGAGCAGGCUGGCAACACUACGGGACUCUGUGGAGGUUAUGAGCGCCGAUGAGAAAAGAGGAAUACUGGAGAGCCAUGCGAAGUUGUUAUCGGAAUAUAAGAAACGCAAAAGGAUAUGUUCGGAAAUGAUAGAGGCAAUGCUCGAAGGUUAUCCGAAGUCCAAGAAGAACUUUUUAGAAGAACUCUGCAUAGAGACCGACGAAAUGGUUGAUUUUAAGCUUGUAUCCUUCCAAGUAUAGAACUGUGAAUAAUCUAAUUCAUUAUCUAAAGCUCAAAUAUAUUUAUAAAGUUUAA